UGAGCCUGUUCGCUUUUGCAACUCUGUUUCUUGCACAAUAAUCAUCUAGAAGAGCUAUAUCGAAUGUUCCGACAAUUUGCGACGACACUUACAACUUCCCACCGGAACCAAUCUCUUGCUGACCUGAUAGGUCUAUAUUGCGGUGCUUCAUCUGUCUGUCGCAUGAUGAGGUCGGUAGGCUAAAGCAGGCACAACGACCUGGAUGAAUGGUUACUCGGCGUAUCGAAUGAAUGAAUGAACCGCUUCAUCGAGCACAAAGUGGUAGCCUGCCUUGAAUGACGGCUGCUAUGGACUGGCGACCGGCAGAACGACCGCUCAACCACCAUCCACCACCCCCAAAUUACCCACCGCCUUUUGCACAGCAGACUGCGCAACCCCCCGUGCAAAUACCAUUUUCCGAUCCGUUCUCAGCGUCAAGAGAUCCGUUUCUACCACAUGGAAGAAGAGGCAGCCUUGGACCGCCUGGAAGAGCAUGGCCUCCAACACCAGGCUUGGGCAACAGCAUUCCGCCUCCCUCCCAGCACGCCUCCCAUCUGUCAGCGCUGGGUCCGCCAUACCCACCGCCGCCUAAUGGGCUAGUCCACAUGCCAAUGCAGUUCGACCCUACCAGACGCCGCUCCCUUGGCGGCGCGGGCUCGCCGCCGCAAAUGGUAGCAGGUCCACUCGAGCCGCCACCACCACCGCCACCACCGACGUUCUUCUCCUCGCGCAACAUGCCCCCGCCAUCGUCGCCGCAAAUGCCACCGCCUACGGCCCCUGCACACCUUGCGUCUGCCCCGCGCGGACCUCCCAUCUCCUCACCCUUUGCGGGCGUCCGCGAUUUAGCAGGCUUUGCUUCACAUCGCCCACCGCCUAGCAUGCCGAUAGCUUCGAUCCUUGGCGGCGGCGAUGAACGUAGGCUCAACAGCUCCCCGAACACUAUCGCAGCCGGACCGAUUUCGACACGAAAACCGAUGCAGCCACUAUCGCCAGGAAGAGCACGAGCAUCUAGCAUGCGUGAAGGCGUUGGUCGAAGAGAGCCGAGUCCUUUGCGAGAUGGCGUGUUUGGGGGUUCAAGAGCACAGUCUGCAUUCCACGAUCGCUCGGAUCUGGAUGCUCGAAGGGAGGUCUUUACUUCACCACGGUUCCCGAGAGAGUCCCCGCACAGUUUCAGAGCGUUCAGGCCCGAGCAGCAGGAAUCAAGGGUACCGUUGAACGGCAACGGUAUGAUAGGAAGACCGAACAGUCAGCCAUUAGAGCUCGCGCCCCCGCGCGACAUUGACGAGGCUCUCGCACGUAGGGAGCUUCCAAUCGACGGUCGUUAUGGCGCUUUCCGUCACUUUGGCGAGCCUGAGCGCAUACCGCGCCAUGAUAUGCAUGCCUAUUCAAACGGCGUGACAUCACAGCCACGCGAACACGACGUCUAUGGAAGUCCGAACCUUGACCGCGAUGGGCGACAAGUACCUGCCAGGUUCCAGCAAGGAUCAUUCGGCACACCAAUGGCGGAGCAGCAGGCAGGCUUGUUUCGACCUGCAUAUCAGUACGGGCCAGACGCUGCUCGCGAGUCAAUCGAGGCAAGGCCGAUGCACGAGUUGCGCCGAGAUGAACCUCGCUCGUCACCACCGAUUGCAGAGCUGCCACCGUACAUGAGAGCAAGGAAUGGGUUCGUUGAACGCCCUUUGACGCUUGAAGAGCACCAACGUAUGGAAGCUUUCCGUGGAGAGCAGCCAAGAAAGGAGAGCGAUGGCUCACUGCAUCGAGCAUUGCUCGGCAUCAGUCCAGAUCUUAACCGCAAAGGCCGCAACUCGCCCCUGCCACAAGCUGUUCAGGGUGCCCAACCACGGCACAUCGGUCCUGGUGGCGACCAUCCCGGCAUCAAGAUGGAGUUCGGUCGCAUGUUCUCCGGGCUUGGCAGCGGUGUUGGCAGCGCUACGCCAACAGCCGGACAGUCCAUGAACGGCAUGACUACGCCUUCUCGUCUCAGCCCAGCGCGACACCUCCAGGACGGCGAUCUCGUUCGUACGGCUGUCGCAGGCAUUGGAGAUGGUAAGGCGAGCUCGAAACCUAAAGGCAGCAAACGGGGUGGGCGCCGUUCUAGAGACAACGAAAAGCUUGACAUGGACGGCCGCGCAACACCAGACCUACAGCGCGGCAACAAGCGGUCUAGAACGACCCAUCCAUCGCAUCACCAUCACCACCAUCUCCACUCACACCACCAUCACCAUCACCACCACGAUCCCGUUGACGGACAGGCCGGUUCUUUCAACAUGCUGCGGUUCCCCUCCAACCCCGGUGUAGUCGCUCCGCCCGCGCAUCAUCAUCACCAUCACGCGACUCACGCACAUCCCGCACACCAUCACCAUCGUCACACUCCGAAGCCAGCGUCGAUACCGCGAAAGCCAAGUGUGACUGUAAGCAAUCAGAAGGUGCUCAAAGAGGCCGCCGCCAAACCUCGACACCACCUCGGCUCCUGUGUAUACGAAGUUGCGCUCACGCAAAUGUCGCCCUCAGAGUUAGCGCGCGAUCCGCAGAUCAAAUUCAGCACUAAGAUGCAGACUAUACCGCUCUUGGAAGGUAGAGAAAACUGCACCUACACAAUCCGUGCGCCUCGCUACUACCUCACGCAAUCGCACGAUGCCGAAGCAGGGGACGAACCAAGCUUGCUAGCCGCUAUCUGCGAGCGCCGUCAGCUAUGGGGUACAGACAUUUACACCGACGACUCCGAUGUCAUCGCUGCUGCCAUCCACUCCGGUUGGCUCAAGGGCGACUUCGGCGAGCUCAAUAACGACCUGCGCGAUGUAGAUGGCGAGGACUCCGAGGCCGACAACCCCGGCAUCAGCGACCAUGCCGCGUCCCCAUUUGUUCUAUCCGCACGACCAACCAAGCCCAUAAAGAUCCCGCCGGACUGCGACAUGCAUAUCACCGUUCUAAUUCUGCCACCAUUGGAAACAUACGCGAGUACGAUGCAGCACCAUAUCCGCUCACGCGAGUGGGCACAGACGAAGCACGAUGGCAUGUCCUUCAUGAUUCACGGCGUAGAGUUCGUCGACGAGAGUGAAGACAAUCGUUUCAUUGAGCGUGGGAUCAAAGCGCGGAAGGAGCGAUUGGUGAAGGAAGAACUGCGGCGGCGUGAGGCUGCUACUGGCCUGUUGAACCUUUUCGCUAAUGGGCAGAGUGGUUCCGUAACUGUGGGCGCGUGAAGCGAGCAAACUGCGCGGUUACGAAUUGCGCGAAGCAUACAUGGCGUGCGUACGUUGUCCAGAGAUACAGCAAACUCUAGCUAGUUGUCAGAAUAGAUACAAAUGUAAGAUUGUCAACGACUGAAGUACUCGCG